GUCGCAUGUGGAAUUCCAUCCAGCUAUCCAUCUAUCCCCGAAUUCUAGCCAGGCCGGUCUCUUUUUGGUCCUUUUCGGUCCCCUUUCCCUCUCUCGUUCCCCCUCAGCUUUCGCAGCCCAGGCACUAGAACACUGGCCGCCGUGCCAGUCCACCAAUGACCGGCGAUGGCGCGAUCACUCCCCCGCUACCUUAAUCAACCAAAGGCGUUAGUUGGAUCCGAAUAAUUAUUGUUGCUCCUCUUCUUGCUUCCCCUCCCCGCCCGCCUGUCAUUUUUUCCUCCUCCUCCUGUCAUACCUCGACUGCCUCGCCUGUACGACCCGCAGGCGCCGUCGCUACUCUUCACAUCUACAUAUAGAUCUCUCUCUCUCCCAUUCAAAGGGUAGAGAAGAAACUCUGCGGGAUCUGUCGGAUAUUCGCGACAGGACAGCGGCCGAUCCUCCAAGCUAUAUCAUACGCUGCCUAACAAAUCCCACGUCACCAUGGCCGAAGAAAUCCAAAACGUGAACAAUGACCACUUGGUCCAGUCGUCUGACCCUGAGCAUCCCGCCAACAAGAUCCCUGAUCUCUGUCGCCGGUUCUACAACUGGGGUUGGGUCACCGGCACUGGUGGUGGGACUUCCAUUCGCCAAGGCAACCAUAUCUUCAUCGCUCCUUCUGGUGUCCAGAAGGAGAUGAUGCAACCGCACAACAUCUUCGUUCUGGAAUUCCCGACCCCCAAGUACCCACCCACCGCGCGCAAGUACAUCCGCAAGCCGCUUAACCUGAACCCCUCCGCCUGCACCCCGUUGUUCCUGGCGGCUUUCGAGCGCGGUGCUGGCUGCUGCAUCCACACCCACUCUCAGUGGGCGGUCCUGGUGACACUCCUGGUGGAGCGCGAGAAGGGUCCCGGUGCUUGCUUUGAGAUUAGCAACAUCGAGCAGAUCAAGGGCAUUCCCCGGGGUAAGGGCAAGGGUAUGCUGGGCUUCUUCGAUACCCUCAAGAUCCCGAUCAUCGAGAACACCGCGUUCGAGGAAGAUCUCACGGGCAGCUUGGAGAAGGCAAUGGAGGAAUACCCCGACACAUGCGCCGUCCUGGUGAGGAGACAUGGAAUUUACGUCUGGGGAGACGAUGUCACCAAGGCCAAGACCCAGUGCGAGAGUUUGGAUUAUCUGUUCCAGCUUGCUGUUGAGAUGCACAAGCUUGGCCUUCCUUGGGUGAAAUAAGUGCUCUGUAAGUGGGGUCUUCGCUGUGACAUUCCAAUCCUGGUGUCCUGUGACCCCUGCCUGCGCCGUAGAAGAGUCGCAGUCUGGGGUCUCUUUUUUCCACAAAAUAUAGUGAUGAUGACGAUAUAUAUGAUAGCAAUGCACGAAUGAAUUGC